AAAAAAUGAGCGACGUUUCAAUAUUGUCUUCCGUGCUAUAUUUGGCUUUUAUUUUAUGGGCGACCCUUUUCUCUUGAUCAAGUUGUUUACUCAUUUAUUAUUUAUUACGUACAUACAUCAUGGAAUCAAAAUAUAUGGAGAGUAGUUUUUAAUAUUCAUUACGGAUGAAAAGGGACAGACAGGUCCUUUGACUUCCCCCAAGAAAGAUUUAGAAUCUGAAUUCCCAAGGCAAUUUUGAUCUAACAAUGGUUCGUUUGAAAGAGAGAUUUAGUUUGUUCUUCAAUAACAGAUGGCUUGUAUUCGUAGCUGCAAUGUGGAUUCAGAGUUUUGCUGGCAUUGGAUAUUUAUUCGGCAGUAUUUCUCCCAUCAUUAAGAGCUCUUUGAAUUAUAAUCAGAGGCAAGUAGCCAGAUUGGGUGUUGCUAAGGACUUGGGCGAUAGUGUUGGAUUUCUGGCUGGGACUUUAUCCGAAAUCUUGCCUUUAUGGGCUGCUCUUCUUGUGGGUGCUAUUCAGAACUUUAUUGGUUAUGGCUGGGUUUGGCUCAUCGUCACCGGCCGAUCUCCUACUCUUCCUUUAUGGCUUAUGUGCUUUCUUAUAUUUAUAGGAACAAAUGGAGAAACCUACUUUAAUACAGCCGCACUUGUCUCAGGUGUGCAAAAUUUCCCUAAAAGCCGUGGCCCUGUGGUGGGAAUACUUAAGGGAUUUGCUGGGUUGGGUGGUGCAAUUAUGACUCAAAUAUAUGCACUGAUCCAUUCCCCUGAUCAUGCUUCACUUAUAUUUAUGAUUGCUGUGGGACCGGCAAUGGUGGCUAUCGCCCUCAUGUUUAUAAUUAGGCCUGUUGGUGGCCAUAGACAAGUCAGACCAUCUGAUGGUUUCAGUUUUUCGUUAAUUUACAGCAUUUGCCUCAUUUUAGCUUCUUACCUGAUGGGCGUCAUGCUUGUUCAAGACCUCGUUGAUGUUAGCCACACAGUCACUACAAUCUUCACUGGGAUUUUGUUCGUUUUAUUGCUUAUUCCUGUGGUGAUUCCCAUCUCAUUGACUUUCUCGCAAGAAACUAGAGUACCAUCAGAAGAGGCUCUUUUAUCUGAGUCACAAAAACAAGAUCCUGGAGUAUCUGGACAUGAUCAGGAAAUUAUAUUUAGUGAGGUUGAAGAUGAGAAGCCUAAGGAUGUAGACUUGCUUCCAGCAUUAGAAAGGCAAAAAAGAAUUGCCCAACUGCAAGCAAAACUAGCCCAAGCAGCUGCAGAAGGAGCAGUGAGGGUCAAAAGAAGACGGACCCCUCAUAGAGGGGAGGACUUUACCCUAAUGCAGGCUUUGAUAAAGGCAGACUUUUGGAUUAUAUUCUUCUCACUACUUUUUGGUUCUGGAUCUGGUUUAACCGUAAUUGAUAACUUGGGCCAGAUGAGCCAAUCUUUAGGAUAUGAUAACACACAUGUAUUUGUUUCCAUGAUCAGCAUAUGGAACUUCCUCGGUCGUGUUGGGGGUGGAUACUUUUCUGAAAUAAUUGUGAGAGAUCAUGCCUACCCAAGACAUGCAGCCAUGGCUAUUGCCCAAGUUGUAAUGGCUUUCGGGCAUUUCUUCUUUGCCAUGGGCUGGCCAGGGGCUAUGUACAUUGGUACUCUUCUGGUAGGGCUCGGUUAUGGGGCUCAUUGGGCUAUCGUACCAGCUGCUGCUUCCGAAUUGUUUGGCUUAAAGAAUUUUGGUGCUUUGUACAAUUUCCUCACUAUUGCAAACCCAGCUGGUUCACUAGUAUUCUCAGGUGUUAUUGCUAGUAGUAUAUAUGAUAGUGAAGCUGAAAAGCAAGCUCAACAGCGUCAUCCCGGCCAAUGGAAUGGGACAUCUUUUUUUUCAAGCUUUCUAGCUGUGGAUGAACCUUUAAAGUGUGAAGGUGCCAUAUGCUUCUUCUGGACUUCCUUAAUACUUUGUGGACUCUGCAUCGUUGCUUCUAUUCUAAGCAUGAUUCUGGUUUACCGAACAAAGACUGUAUACUCUAGUCUUUACGGAAAAUCUCGUACAUAAUUCAUCCGGCAAGUGAAAGCUUGGUUAGAAGUUUUGAGUAAUUUGCGCAGAUACUCUCAACCAGCUCAUGGAUCCAAGAGCAUUUCAUUGAGGUGAUUGUUAGCCAUAACCAGAACACUUCCUCCAGGAUGUGAGCAAGACAAUGGAGAUGGCAAAGCUGCCCUUUUUUUGCUGUUAGAAGCUUUUCCUAUUUAUGUGAGAUAAAUGUUCGUAUUGCAAUUGUUGAUUGGUGUAUAUUUCCACUGUCAUUCAAACUUGGAAUUGUGACAUUUUGGUUGUCAACCAUUUCAUUUAUUGAUUGUUCAUUAUUUUUUCUUUUAA